GUCUGAGUAAAGCAGCCCAGAGCCUCAGAAGAAGUAAAAAAGGGUAAAGAACAGCCUUUGAAGAAGCCUUUCUGUUCCAAAGGCAAGGAAGGAUUCUCCAGCUGUGAAGGAAGUUUCCUGCAAUUUCUAAGGCAUACAUUACUACCCACUAGUGGAUUUUGUAUAAAUUCAGUCCUUUUAGAUAUCUCUUAAUCCAUGAGCAUUCGUCUUGUUGCUGUUGUUGUUUCUGUGAUCUGUCAUCUUUAUUCUUCUCUCUUCACAUAAUUGAUAUCUUCUUGAGUGUUCUACUCUCCAACCAACCCAUCAAGGCCAGGCAUAGCCACUCUCUUUAACUUUCUCUUUUGUCACCCAUCAACCUUCUCUUCUCUUCAUGUUGAUUUGAACAAAAAGAAGUUAUCCAUACAAUCCUUUUCUGUGAUCUAGUGAGACCACUUGUCCUGCAUUGUUUCUUUCCCAUCAAAUCCAGUCCCCUCUGGAAGCUUUUUCCCUGAGUAUUUAAGUUGCUAUUAGUUCUCUGACUUUGUCAUCCCCUCACAAAGUUUCUCUUAGACCCAUCUUCUAAAAGAGUUCAGGAGUAAAUACAACAUGGGUGUUGGUGGUACUUUGGAGUAUUUCUCUGGUUUACUGAGCAAUGGCCAUAAACAUAAGAAGAAGAGAAAGCAGAUGCAAACUGUGGAGCUUAAAGUCAGGAUGGACUGUGAAGGUUGUGAGCUUAAAGUUAAGAAAGCUCUCUCUUCUGUGAAAGGAGCUAAAUCAGUGAAUGUAAACUUGAAGCAACAGAAGGUCACUGUGACUGGUUAUGUUGAGCCAAACAAGGUUUUGAAGAAAGCUCAGUCAACAGGGAAAAAGGCUGAGUUUUGGCCUUAUGUUCCUUACACUCUUGUGGCACAUCCUUACACAGCACAAGCUUAUGAUAAGAAGGCACCUCCUGGCUAUGUCAGAAAUGUGGAGACCCCUGGUACUAGUACCCUUAGCAAACAAGAAGAGCAAUACACAACCAUGUUCAGUGAUGACAACCCAAAUGCCUGUUCCAUCAUGUAGAGUUCUUUACUUCUUUUCCCCUGCACUGCACAGUAGCCAGCACUGUAAAAAAGUU